UCUUCUCUGUGCUUUCUUCCCGUGGUCACUGUGCUUGGCUUUUCCCCCUGGCUGCUGCUUCUCCUCCUCCUCCUCCUGCUGCCACUCGGCGUGCGCCUCCUGCCUGGGAUUGCAGCCCACUCCUCCUCCUCCUCUUCUCCCUGCGCGCCGGCCAUUGGCUUGCCCUGCUGCUGCUGCUUCCUCCGCCGGCCUGCCUGCCUGGCUGCCUCCCCUUCCUCCUCCUCCUCUUCUUCUUCCCCGCCGCUCUUUCUUUCUCUCUCUCCCUCCCUCCCUCCUCCUUUCUCUCUCUUCUGGGGCUCCUGCCCUGCCUGUCCAUCCCCCGCGGAGUGUCCGUCCACUGGCGUGGCGCGCUGCUCGCUCCUUUCCCCCGCGUUUGCUCCCUCCUCUCCCUCCCUCUCUGGGCUCCCGCCUUCUCCUCCUCCUCCUCCUCCUCCUCCUCGCCCUGCCCAUGUUUUGUAUGUCUGUGUCCAUCCAGGCGCUUGACGUUCAAGUUCGUCGGGAACGUCACGUCCGCACUUGAACUUGCAGCUCAGGGGGGCUUUUGCCAUUUUUUCCCCCUCUCCGUCUCUCUCUCUCUCUCUCCCCGGCACAAGGGAGGAAAAAAAGAAAGAAACAAGGAGGAAAAGAAAAGCCAAGCCAUGCCUGCUCUUCUCCCACCUCUCCCACCUCUCCCACCACCACCACCAUUCAUCUUCCCCGCGCCAUCUUUGUAUUAUUAUUUCUAAUUUAUUUUUGGAUGUCAAAGGCGCUCGGUGGAGAGCUCGGCCGCCUUCCCGAUGUGAGGAGGAGGAGGAGGGCGAGCCGAGGAGGAAGAAGAGGAAGAAGCCGCCGCUGCUCCUCCUGCUUCUGCUGCUCCUUCUCCAACCACGCCGCUCCUUCUCCAACGCCGAGAUGUCUCGCCGCAAGCAAGGCAAGCCGCAGCACUUAAGCAAGCGGGGAUUCUCACCCGAACCUAUCGAAGCCAUUCUUACGGAUGAGGAACCAGACCACGGUACAUUGGGAGCUCCAGAAGGGGACCACGACCUCCUUACCUGUGGCCAGUGUCAGAUGAACUUCCCGUUGGGGGACAUCCUUAUUUUUAUUGAGCACAAACGGAAGCAAUGCAAUGGCAUUCUUUGCCUAGAGAAGGUUGUGGAUAAGCCCCCAUCACCCUCGCCGAGCGAGCUGCGGAAACCAUCCAAUCCUGUGGAGGUUGGCAUCCAGGUCACGCCUGAAGAUGACGAUUGUUUGUCAACGUCAUCUAGAGGAAUUUGCCCUAAACAGGAACAUAUAGCAGGUAAAGAUGAACCCAGCAGCUACACGUGUACGACAUGUAAACAGCCAUUCAACAGCGCCUGGUUUCUUUUGCAACACGCACAGAACACUCAUGGAUUAAGAAUCUACUUAGAAAGUGAACAUGGAAGUCCCCUGACGCCACGGGUUGGUAUCCCAUCAGGACUAGGUGCAGAAUGCCCUUCUCAGCCGCCACUCCAUGGGAUUCACAUUGCAGACAAUAACCCUUUUAAUCUGCUCAGAAUACCUGGGUCAGUUGCGAGAGAAGCAUCAGGUCUUGGAGAAGGACGCUUCCCUCCCACGCCGCCUUUGUUUAGUCCCCCUCCAAGGCAUCACUUGGACCCCCAUCGCAUAGAACGUCUGGGUGCCGAAGAAAUGGCCCUUGCAACCCAUCACCCCAGUGCCUUCGACAGGGUGCUGCGACUCAACCCCAUGGCCAUAGAGCCCCCAGCUAUGGAUUUUUCCAGGCGGCUUCGGGAGUUAGCUGGAAAUACCUCUAGUCCGCCAUUGUCACCGAACCGUCCCAGUCCUAUGCAAAGGUUACUACAACCAUUCCAGCCAGGCAGCAAGCCGCCAUUUCUGGCAACUCCACCUCUUCCUCCUCUUCAGUCUGCUCCUCCCCCUUCCCAGCCUCCCAUCAAAUCCAAGUCUUGUGAAUUUUGUGGGAAAACCUUCAAGUUUCAGAGCAACUUAGUUGUCCACCGUCGGAGCCACACUGGAGAAAAACCGUACAAGUGCAACCUUUGUGACCAUGCAUGUACUCAAGCAAGCAAGCUAAAGCGUCACAUGAAAACCCAUAUGCACAAGUCAUCUCCAAUGACAGUCAAGUCAGACGAUGGUCUCUCCACAGCCAGUUCCCCCGAGCCAGGAACCAGUGACCUCGUCGGCAGUGCUAGCAGUGCCCUCAAAUCUGUCGUGGCCAAGUUCAAAAGUGAGAAUGAUUCUAACAUGAUUCCAGAAAAUGGGGAUGAAGAGGAGGAAGAAGAGGAGGAGGAGGAAGAGGAGGAGGAGGAGGAAGAAGAGGAAGAUUUGACUGAAAAUGAAAGGCAGGACUAUGGGUUUGCCAUUAACCUCGAAGCAGCUCGUCACCAUGAAAACAACUCCCGGUCCAUUGAGGAGAAUCGUUCUAUACCAGAUGUCAUGCAGGGAAUGGUCCUGAGUUCCAUGCAGCACUUCAGCGAGGCCUUCCAUCAAGUUCUUGGUGAGAAGCAUAAAAGAGGGCAUUUGUCCGAAUCUGAGGUACACAGAGACACUUGUGAUGAAGACUCGGUAGCUGGUGAAUCUGACCGAAUUGAUGACGGCGCCAUGAAUGGCCGGGGCUGUUCCCCUGGUGAGUCUGCCUCUGGAGGUUUGUCCAAAAAGCUGCUCUUGGGUAGUCCCAGCUCCCUAAGCCCUUUCUCCAAACGCAUCAAACUUGAGAAGGAGUUUGACCUCCCAGCAACAGCUAUGCCUAACACUGAAAAUGUUUACUCCCAGUGGCUCGCUGGGUAUGCUGCCUCUCGGCAGUUGAAAGAUCCAUUCCUCAGCUUUGGAGACUCCCGACAAUCGCCUUUUGCUUCCUCCUCAGAACACUCCUCCGAAAACGGAAGUUUACGCUUCUCAACGCCUCCUGGGGAGAUGGAUGGAGGGAUAUCAGGCCGAAGCGGUACAGGAAGUGGAGGGAGCACCCCGCAUAUUAGUGGUCCAGGCCCUGGAAGGCCUAGUUCAAAAGAGGGCAGACGCAGCGACACUUGUGAGUACUGUGGCAAAGUCUUCAAGAACUGUAGUAACCUCACUGUCCACAGGAGGAGCCACACUGGGGAAAGGCCUUAUAAAUGUGAGCUGUGUAACUACGCCUGCGCCCAGAGUAGCAAACUCACCAGGCACAUGAAAACGCAUGGUCAGGUGGGGAAGGACGUUUACAAAUGUGAAAUUUGUAAGAUGCCUUUUAGCGUGUACAGUACCCUGGAAAAACACAUGAAAAAAUGGCACAGUGAUCGAGUCUUGAAUAAUGACAUAAAAACUGAAUAGUGGUAUAUUAACAUGCCCCCUUCUCCCAGUUUCCCCCCAAUCUACCCUCUCCUCGGCCCCCCCCCCCCAAUAUAGAGAUUUUCUAGUCCCUUGUGAGUAAAAUAAUGGAAGCUAAGGAUGAUGUUAAGAAAGUGCUUGUCACCAGCACAUCUGUUUUCAUUUUCCUUUUUUAUUUUUAUUUCCCCCUUUCUUUUCUGAUUUCACCAUUUGAAUGCAUGAUCUGUAAUGGGGCAAUACUACGCAAACUUUGAGCCUUUCUCUUGUGCAAUAAUUUACAUGUUGUGUAUGUUUAUUAAUUUUUUUAAAAAAUUAGGCAGCAUGUGUGCUAUGGUUAUGGCUGUUAUUAUUUUUUUAAAAUUGUCCCCUAAUUCGUAGCUGAACUAACACACAAAACAUACACACGCUCACACAAGCAUGCACGCACGCACAAAUAAGAAAGUGUACCAUGGCUGUUCAGAAGAAUUUUCCAGGGGAAAAAGAGAGAGAAAAGAAAAACCAAACAACAAAAACAUCAUUUUUUAAAACAGAAUCAACCAUGCUGCAUACAUUCGCUAAACACAUAUCAUGCACAUAUUUGGUUUUGAAUCAUAUAGAGGAAGAUGUACUUUGAAUUAACUCUUUAUGGACAGAUGGAUCACACUGAAAAAGUAAGGGGAAAAUCCGCUCUAUUAGCUUGAUCUCUGUCUUUAAAAGGAUUUAACGUAUCAAUUCUUUUUGUGGCUUCAGGGGAAGGAAAGAAAAAAAUAGGCCUUUAAUUGAAAAAUGAGGACAUAAACAAGAUUUGAAAUGUGUACUAUCAUUUGGUUUAAAUUGCAAUUCUGAGUGCCUUGAAUCUAUUUAAGCCAUGUUGGUGGCAACUCUACUCGUUCUAAACUUGUAGCUCAACUUUUCGCACUUGGCAAUGGAAAGGAGUCCUUUAGGACCUAACCAAUAAUUCUCUAUUGUAUUUCUCACAAUAGUGGCUACCUAAAAACAAAAUGAAUUUAACAAAGAAAACCCAAGAAGUCCUAGUUAAUCAUCAUUCAAACUUCCCACACUCCCUUUUCCUUCUGUCUCUAAAAAUACAAAAUAGUUGUAUCGCUUACAUUGAUUUUGUUCCAGUUGAGAAUGGAAAACAAUCCUCUACCAUUCCAGAGAGUAUUUCUCUCAUGCCCUUUCCCCCAAUGCCACCUUGUCCUAUUCCAUCGCGCCCCCCCCCCCAGUUUCAAAAUUAUUAUUUUGAUGAUUUAACAACUGUGAAAUUUGCAGAAGUCCUUGAAGAUAAUUAAAUAAACUAGGUGAAAUUUAAAUAAGAUGAAGAUUUUUCAAAUAUCUUGGUGAUUCUGGCACAAAAAUUAAAAAUUGAAGGCUAAAAAAAGAAAUGAAAAAGAAUUAAAAUAACGAACUCAAGGUUCAGUUGGUUGUUAACUUGAAAAUCAUAUUAGAAACGUACAACCUAUUGAUCUCUCUGUAUAGGGAAGAGCAUAUUAAAACAGCCCAGCAAUAAUGAUUUACUGAGAUGUAACACAGUAGUGCAAAAAAUAAUAGUAAUAAUAAUAAUAAUAAUAUAUAAUGAUUUAUUAGCACAACGUGGUACUGUUUGCCAUUUAAAACUAAGAACAGGUUAUAAGCUAAUAUUGGUAUGAUGAUUAACUAUGAGCUAUUCAGAUUUGCCUUGAAGUGUGUGACAUUCUGGAAGAAAAAAAAGAAAAGAAGAGAAAGCUAAUUUUUUAAAAAGAGUAGCAGUGUAUGUCUGUGCUCCCUAAAACGUUGUUCUCCAUUUUGUUUUGUUUGAGCAUAUGCCACAUGCUAGUUGUGUUGACAUGGAAAAAGGAUUCAUUGUUUUUUAUGAGUAAGCUAGCACCUGCCCCGCUGGAUGUUCACAUAGCACUUGACUCGGCCUGUCGUGUCUGUAUCUUUUCCUUUAAUCAGAGGUACACAGGUUGAGUAUAAAAAAAAGAAACCUUUUAAGACUGCUCAGAUAGGACAAUUUAAAUGCACUGUACAAUUUUCCCAGUUUACAGGUUCUAUACUUUUAAGGGAAAAAUUGCAAGAUUAAUGAAAAAAAAAUUUUUUGUUUAAAAAAAUUCAACGCGAUCUCGCGGUGAUGAGCAUCUUAAGAAACUCUUGCCAGCUUGCCGUUUGUACUUGACUUAAAUGACUGGGACGCAACAUUACGGCGCUGUGAAUGGGAACAGGUUCUGCAAUUAUAUUAAAAAUAUAACGAAUUAUUGCUCUCGCUCCUACAGUGCAAGGAUGUGGUUUUUUUUGUACAAAACUUUUUUUGAAAUAUAAAUGUUAUGAUUUUUUUCCUUUUUUAUAAAAAAAAAGACACUUCAUUAUGUUUAGGGGGGGAAAUAUGUAUUUUAGGUUUCAUUGUCUUGGUGGUGUACAAGACCUGUUCUUCGUUGAAAACCAGUAGUUGCAAAUCUUAUGCCUUGGAUAGACACACAACGUUUCAGGUUGUAAAAUAAAUAAAUGCAUUUGGGGAAAAGGUUUUAAGAAUAUAUAGUACUUAAAUAUAGGAAAUGCACACGCCUGUUGGUUCCUAUGCGAAGAAGAAGAAGAAAAAGCAAACAAAAAAGAAGAAAAAACGCAUUUAUGGUCUCUUUUUUCUGUAAUUUCUAGAAUGGUAUUUGAAUUUAAUGUUCACCUAGAGUAGGCACUAUAGUAUUUAUAAUGAAGCUUGUAUUUUUAACUGUUGCUUGUUUCUCUUUGAAAAAGAAAAAAAAGGUCUCAGUAUACCUUUUUUGGUAGUGGAAAAACACACAGAGACACACACAGACACACAAACAGGCUGCCACGGUAUAUUUUUUUAAUUUGGCAGGAUAAUAUAGUGCAAAAUAUUUGUAUGUUUCAAAAAAAAUUUUUGGACAAGAGUGUGACAUUGUACGAAUAAGAGGCCAUAUAAUGGCUGCUUUUUUGGGGGGGGUUGGGAAAAAAUUAAAAUCUGUUUGAAUGUCGCACUGAACGAGCAUUGCAGAUAGUUGUACAUAUCAAAAGUUCUUUUGGGGUUUCUUUGUUUUUCUGCUGCCAUAUUGUAUGCAGUAAUAAUGCAAGGUGAUGAUGUUGGUUUGUUCUGUAGUGUGAUCUUUGGUCUCUUUUCUUCUUCUCUUUACCCCUUUACAUUCCAGCAUCUUAAAAAAAAAACUUCAUAUGCAGUAAAAGGAGAGAAAAAAAACAAACAAAAAAAUAGAAUGAAAGGGAAAAAAAUUAAAAAGUUUUGCAGGUUUUUUUCCAUUGCCAAAAAGAAAAAAAACCUAAAAUGGUGCUUUAUAUAUUUAGAUUGGGAAAGGAUUUCAUAUGCAAAGCAUAUUAAAAAAAGAGAGCCCCGCUGGAGUUGAUAACCUUUUUUGUAUAUGGCAAUGCAAAAUAUUUUGUUAUUCUCAGCCUUUUCUAUUCCUGUAAUGAAAGCUGUUUGUCGUAACUUGAAAUUUUAUCUUUUACUAUGGAAGUCACUAUUUAUUAUUGCUUAUACGCUCUGUUCAGAACAGAGGCGUCAGAUUUGAUCUUUGUUUGGUUUUUUAUUUUUUUAUUUUUUUAUUAUUAUUUAGAUGACCAAAGGUCAUUUGCAACCUGGCUCUUUAUUGUAUUUUUUUUCCUAGUCUUUGUUAAGUUCUAUUGGGAAAACCACUGUCUUGUGUUAUUUUCAGAGGGGGGCAUGUCUUUUUUUUUAAUUGGGCAGUUGUCUGCAUUACCCUGUUCAUUCACCCAUUUUGUCCCCUUAAUUGAAAAAAAUAAAAAUAAAAAAAUAUUGCUUAAAGUACA